UAAAACUAAUUUGAAAGCAGAGCACUGGAUAGUAGACCAGUAGAGGAGAUUAUGGAGGCUGUCCCAGCAGGAGUAGACCCAACGCAAUGGUGUCAGAUUGUUAGUAAGUGGUCACAACCUCAUGACAAGGAAAGGGCAGCAAGAAAUGCAGAAAAUGCAAAAAAACAAACAUGUCCGCAUACGAUGGGUCGGAUUAGCUCUGUAAGGAGACAACAAGAAACAUCUAUACAAGAUCGUCUCUUAUUAUGGAAAAUCAAUCGCACUCGUAAAGAUGGAUCAUGGUCAUCUGAGGAUGCCAGACAAAAAUGGGCACAUGCUUCUGAAAUGCUUGCCGAGGAAGGGUUGAUGCCAGAAGAUGGAAAUUUGGAGGCCAAUGAGAAAGCCUUCAAGGCGAUCAUGGGGCCAGAACACCCAGGGAGGGUACGGACACAAGGUUUUGGGGUCACUCCAAGCAGAUAUUUUCCUCAGAGCACCACGACUCAAGGAAGUGGCAGCGGAGGCAAUACUGCAUUUGAUCGAGUUGUUAAACUUGAGGAGGUGGUGCGAACACUGCAAAGUGAGGUGAGACAAUUGAAGGAAAAUAACCAACAACAACAUCCACCAGGAAGUUCAACUCUGGGUGACAAUGAUCAAUUCUCGCCUAAUUGAAAUCUAAGGUGUAGAAGAAGAGAAUGUGUAAUAUUAAUGUGCAUGAUAUUUCUUUUAUGUAUGGUUAAUAGUUUGUUUUUAAAUGUUAUAAAGAUUUGCAAUGAUUGAUAUUACUUAGCCCAAGUUUACUAAUGUUUGUGAAACAUGUCAACUUUUGUCAUUUUCAUUCCAAAUUCUUUUUGACAGCUUAUGUCAUAA